GAAAAUGUGGACUGGACUAACGGGGAGAGCCUGGAGACUGAAAACAGACUGAAUCACUUUAAUAUAAGAGCUGCUGAAGACUGGGACGUAGUUGAAAGCUCCAGAAAAGGCUAAUAAGUGGACCUUGACCUGAUAGGGCCAAAGAAUAAAGUUGCCUCCACGUCCAUAUUGCGAUCACCUCAUCCCUUUCACGCCUGGAAGCUGCCAGUACAACCACAGUCUGAUCUGCUGGCCACUGAGCAGCUACACUGAGCCGCUCAAUGGUUGGGGUUAAGGGCCUUGCUCAAGAGUGUCUUUUUAUAGAUUUAAAUCUUCAGGAGGAACCAAUGGGCUUGGAGCUGAGAGCCACAGACAGGAAGUCAGACAGACUGCUGAGACACAGACUGACAUGUUGCUGGUUUGGAUCUUUUUGAACAGAAGGAGCACUGCCAGAGCUCUACAAAAUGACCUCCAGUGGCUACUGGUGUGUGUGUUCUGACCAAACUGUCAGAAACAGACUCCAUGAGGGUCAUGAGGGCCCGAUUUCCUCCAGUGGGAUCUGUGUUCACAGCCCAGAACUUUGCAUCCCAGGCAUUCACCAGAGAACACCAGAAUUGGCAGGUUACUCAGAGAAGAUGAACUGGGGCUUUUUGGAGAAUGUCCUCAGUGGGGUGAACAAGUACUCCACUGUGGUUGGCCGCGUCUGGCUCUCUGUAGUCUUCCUCUUCAGGAUACUGGUGUAUGUGGCGGCGGCCGAGCAGGUGUGGAAGGACGAGCAGAAGGAUUUUGUGUGCAACACCCAGCAACCCGGCUGUGAGAACACCUGCUUCGACUACUUCUUCCCCAUCUCACAGUUGCGCCUCUGGGCUCUGCAGCUCAUCAUGGUGUCCACCCCGUCCCUUCUGGUGGCCCUACAUGUGGCCUACAGGGAGCACCGGGAGGCCAAACUCAAGCGAAAACUGUACGACGACAAAGGGAGCAUUGAUGGAGGUCUGUUCUGCACCUACAUCAUCAGCCUGGUCUUCAAGACAGCUUUUGAGGUGGGCUCCCUGCUUGCGUUCUACUUCCUGUACAAUGGCUUUGGGGUGCCCAUCUUGCUCCGCUGCAGCCAGAGUCCCUGUCCCAACACGGUGGACUGUUACAUUGCCAGAGCCACAGAGAAGAAGAUCUUUCUCUACAUCAUGGGCUGCACCUCCAUUCUGUGUAUUGCUCUCAAUUUUGUGGAGCUCGUGUACAUUGUAUGGAAGCAGCUGUUGAAAUAUUUCACCAAGCGGUACAUCCCGGUGGAAAAGAAGGCUUACAGCCGCUGCCAGUCCCCUGUUUCUAAUGUCAACAAGCUUGUCUGCACUGAGCACACAGUAAACACAGAGGACAGCAGCACACAGCCACUAUUCCAUGCUGAAACCUGCCAGUCCAGUCCCACAGGGCUGGAUGGAGCACAUUCUCCACCUCAAAGUGAAACAAAAAGCUAACACAGUUGAAUGGUACAGAUGGCAUACAUUGAGAAAGGCUGAGCUGUCAUUUCAUUUAUCAGUGUGAACUGAUAUUAAACCAGUCCAAACACUAAUGAAAGACGGGCCAUUACACUUUGACUUGUCUGGAUGAAACCUCCAGUUUAGGAGCAACCUUUCUAUCUGAAGAGCCACUUUCGGCCAGAAAGAAAAAAAUAAACUUCUUUGGAGCCGUAAAAAUUUUUUUUAGCCCUUUAAAUGCAGUUACCAUAGCCUAUUAGUCUAAAUGAUCUUAUCAACACUAACAGGUCUAAACUACUAUUCAUUCACGUUUUACCACAAGGUGGCUGCAGUGGGCCUCUAGGCUAUUUAUGAUUAUUUGGCUACUUUAUUAACUUUGCAUUUCUAAUGCAAUGUUUUGGUGCAUUUAUGAAAACAUACAAGUACAGCAGAUCAAAACAUUCUGGUAAGCCAGCAGUAGUGGUGGUGAAAGCAAACAAAUCUAUCCACGCACUAAUCCCCUGAGAUUUUUCUUUUUUGGAUUUUGAUUUGGAUCCACAGCUUAGGAGAGCAGCUACCCACUCAGGACUCUGCUACUGAGUUUAGCAGCAGGAUGUGGCAUGAUGACAAAGUGUUUUACAUUUUUUAUUUGAUGUAUAUGCUACAUGUUUUUACAGUUGAAUACU